CGCGCCUUGCGUGGCCAAGGCAAGAGGGAUUCCCCCGGACGAUCGGCGCCUUCGUGUCUUCCCGCAACAACAACAACACAAAAAAAGUAAUCCAGCGGAAGCAGAAUGUCGUGACACAAACUGGAGCGAUUUAUUUGGGGUUUUUUUUUUUGUGGUUUUCUCCGAGAAACAUCAAUUCUAAUGAAUAAGGCAGCCUGCAAAUGACGUCGAGAUGGCUUUAGGAGGAACGCUGUUGCCAUCCAUAUCCACCUUUACUAACCCUGCUAUCAAGACUAAAACCAUAGGGAGUGCCAACCUAAGAUGGAAGGAGGAGCUGUCCCAUCUUAAGAGACUCAGUUUGCCAAGCGAAAACUCCGACCUAGACCAUCCCAGCAGCACCAGCACCAGCCCCGCAAGCCCCAGCAUGUCCAAGAGAGACACCGAGAUAGACUUGGACUUAGACUAUGACUUCAUUUUGUCCAAUUCCAUGCUCCAGCAGCAGCAGCAACAACAGCAGGAUGAGGCCAUGGCGUGCGGUUCUGCCCAAAUCCUGCAGCCUCCAUCCCCAGGCUCUUUUUCCUCCUCGUAUCCUCUUCCAUCCCCUCAGGGGUCAGCUGGCGAUUUGCUCUACACCAUCCCGGACAUCAGCGACGUAUCGCCGUCCGGGGGUUUUGUGGCGGAGCUCAUGAGGCCCGAACUGGACCCGGCGUACCUACACCCCACCAGCCUGCAUGGCAAGUUUGUGGUCAAGACCACAGUGGACUUGGGAGAGUACAACUUGGGGGUUAACGUUGGCAAAGCCUGCGUCAACAGAGCGGCAGAUCCGCCGCCGUCACGUGCCUCGCCGCCCUUUCCGUGCCACCGAAUAAAGCAGGAGACGCCCAGUAACUGUACCAUCUCGCUGCCGAUGGACCUCCACCUGAGCGGGGGGAGGCAGCGGCCGGUCCACCUGGACCUGCACGGAUUCCCCGGAAGCACAGGGCGCUCCUUGACGGGCGGCCGCUUGUCUUCAUCCUCGUCUCUCUCACCGGAACACCCCUUGAGCCGCGAGCACCAGGUGUUGGGCCACCCUCACACGCAGAUCCCCCACGGAUACCGCCACAACUCCCCGCAGGGAUACACCGCCUACCCUCAAGCGGGCGCCAUGCAGCAAUACCAAGACCCCAUCAUGGUCUCCAGUGGCGACUGUAUGCCGGAAGAACCUAAGCCCAAGCGAGGGCGCCGCUCCUGGCCCAGGAAGCGAGUGGCCACGCACACCUGUGACUACGUGGGCUGCGGGAAGACUUACACGAAGAGCUCGCACCUCAAAGCGCAUCACCGUACCCACACAGGAGAGAAGCCUUACCACUGCGACUGGGAGGGCUGCGGCUGGAAGUUCGCCCGUUCCGACGAGCUGACGCGCCACUACAGGAAGCACACGGGCCACCGGCCGUUCCAAUGCCAGAAAUGUGACCGGGCCUUCUCCAGGUCGGACCACCUGGCCCUGCACAUGAAGAGACACUUGUGAGGACCGAUGAAGGCUGCAGAAAGAUGUACUUUCCUUGGAUACAACAAGACACGCUGUGGUGUUCACGGCUAAAGAAGCGACUAUCAAGACAAGACCUGUCCGGGGUUGUAAAAGGGACCAAAACUGGAAGUCGUCUUAUUUAUGUGACAAAAACUUGAGAGAACCAUGUGCCAGAGACGCUUUCUAACUGGAAUUGUGUUGUUGACAUGGAAAACACCAGCAUAGGGACCAAACGUCUCCAGAGGCCUUCUUAUCUGCAGCGACGCGCCAUUAUACAUACGACACUGUAUUAACGCAUAUCUAUAUUUAUAUAUAGUCACAUUUCGCCUGCGACUCCAUUGAUUUCAGGUACAAUGUUAGGUAAUUUAUACCCAAUGGUGCUCAAAGGUUUUCCAAAAAAAGGUACCAAAGAUUGACAAAAAAAACAAAAAAAAACAGUGACAAAGUGCCAUAAGAUUUUUUUGCCAUCCGCCACGCAAAAACAUUUAACGCAAAAAUAAAAAAUAAAUAUAUCAGGUUAUGACUUUCACUUUGGAGCGGUUAUGGCAAUCUUGAGAUGCACUGCAGUUGCAUUGUGCAAUAAUUAUAUAUAUAUAUAUAUAUAUAUA